AUGCACGCUAUUGCGGGGUUGGCUGGCCUUUUGGCCGGUGUCUCUCUGUCCUAUGCCGCGCCGACGCAGGAGAAUAUCACCAGCGAUGCAUACUUCUAUGGACAGUCGCCUGCGGUCUAUCCGUCCCCUGAGGGCACGGGCUCCGGAGCGUGGGCAUCUGCCUACGAAAAGGCGAAGGCCUUCGUCGCCAAUCUCACGCCGGAGGAGAAGGUGAACCUUACCGCUGGUGUGGAUGCCGACAAUGGCUGCUCGGGAAACAUCCCGGCGAUCCCUCGGUUGAACUUUCCCGGGCUGUGUGUGUCUGAUGCUGGGAACGGCUUGAGAAGUACAGACCAUGUCAAUGCAUGGUCGAGCGGUGUCCAUGCUGGUGCCAGUUGGAACAAGGACCUUGUGCAUAAAAGAGGCCUCCACAUGGGUAGUGAGUACCACAAGAAGGGCGUCCACGUUCUUCUGGGCCCCGUGGUCGGGCCAAUUGGCCGCAUCGCAGAAGGUGGCCGGAACUGGGAAGGCUUCUCAACGGACCCUUACCACAGCGGUCUGUUGGUCUCCGAGACAAUCCGUGGUGUCCAGGCUGCGGGUGUGGGUACCUCGACCAAGCAUUACAUCGCCAACGAGCAGGAAACCAACCGAAACCCCGAAACCACGGAUGGUCUCAAUAUUGCAUCUAGCUCAUCCAACAUCGAUGAUAAGACCAUGCAUGAACUGUAUCUGUGGCCGUUCCAGGAUGCGGUUCGCGCGGGCAGUGUGUCGAUUAUGUGCUCCUAUCAGCGCAUUAACAACUCCUAUGGAUGCCAGAAUAGUAAGACGCUGAAUGGGCUGUUGAAGACGGAACUCGGAUUCCAAGGUUAUGUCAUGACCGACUGGGGUGCUCAGCAUGGCGGCAUUGCAGCAUCGAACGCUGGGUUGGAUAUGGUCAUGCCAUAUUCUAGCUUGUGGAAUUCGAACCUGACCGACGCGAUUGCGAAUGGGACCAUGGAGGCAUCCAGACUCGAUGACAUGGCAACUAGAAUUAUCGCGUCGUGGUACCAGGUGAACCAGGACGCUGGAUUCCCAUCACCGGGCGUAGGCAUGCCAACAGACGUAUACGCGCCACACCAAGCCAUCAUCGGAAAGUCGUCCGACUCCAGGAAAGUCCUUCUCCAGAGUGCCAUCGAGGGUCAUGUUUUGGUGAAGAACACGAACAACACUCUUCCGCUGAAAUCACCCGAGAUGAUCUCGGUAUUCGGGUAUGAUGCCAAGGGGCCCGACAGUCUAGGGUUCAAAUUGGAAUGGUUUACGUAUAGUCCGGCGAUCCAACCCAACCACACACUCAUUGUGGGCGGCGGGUCUGGUGGAAACUCGCCGGCAUAUGUCAGUGCCCCCUUGGAUGCUCUCCAGAACCAAGUGAUCGAAGACGGCAGCGCCAUUCUGUGGAACAUUUCCGCUCAAGAUCCGGAGGUUGACCCCAACACGGACGCCUGUCUCGUAUUCAUCAACAGCUACGCCACGGAAGGGUACGACCGUUCUGGAUUGGUGGACGAGGGCAGCGACGAACUCGUCACCAACGUCGCUAGCAAGUGCAGCAACACCAUCGUGACCAUCCACAACGCCGGAAUCCGGCUCGUCAACCACUGGAUCGACCACGAGAACGUCACCGCCGUGAUCUUCGCCCAUCUCCCCGGCCAAGACUCCGGCCGUGCCCUGGUCGAGCUGCUCUACGGGCGCUCCAACCCUUCCGGCAAGCUGCCCUACACCGUCGCCAAGAAAGCAGAGGACUACGGAGCCCUGCUGCAUCCCGCGCAGCCCGAGGGCCAGUAUGGCCUCUUCCCGCAGGACGACUUCAGCGAGGGAGUCUACAUCGACUACCGCGCAUUCGACCAGCAAGGCAUCGAGCCGCAAUUCGAAUUCGGGUUCGGGCUGUCGUACACCACCUUCGACUACUCGGGUCUGAACAUCGGCCCGCUCAGCGAUAACUCGACGAGUCAGUAUCCGCCGUCCGCGGCCAUCCAGGAAGGCGGAAACCCGCACCUGUGGGAUGUUAUCCUCCGGGUGUCUGUCGACAUCACGAACAGUGGACCCGUGGCUGGGGACGAGGUUGCCCAGUUGUAUUUGGGUAUUCCCAAUGGACCGGUUCGCCAGCUUCGCGGGUUCGAGAAAGUCAACAUCCCGGUUGGUGAAACUGUGACGGUGGAGUUUGCAUUGGGUCGUCGCGACUUGAGUACGUGGGAUGUGGUGGCGCAGGAAUGGUUGCUUCAGUCGGGGACAUACAAGGUGUAUGUGGGGAGAUCGAGUCGGGAUCUGCCUCUGCAGGGGGAGUUCACCAUCUGA